AUGCCUCGUCCCGGAGACGGCUCAAGCCACAACGGCCCUUUCGAGGAAGCCGGUCACAAUAUCGCCCACGGGGUAGGAUCCGUUGACACGUCCAAGGUGCCGAGGGCGGAGAAGACGGCCGACCUGCCGGAGGGUCUGGGGGAGAAGGGCGCCGGGAUAAAGGGCGCGAAUGCGAGCGGCGGUCAGAGCCAGGGGCUCAAGACGGGUGGUGAAGUUGGCCAGGGCGGACGGCACGCGUAG